CGCGACCCUUUGCACACGACUACCAUUGACCUUCACCCACUUCUCCAAUUCACUCCCUUAACUCAACCACACAUCAGUCACUAUGGAGAACGUCAAGGAAUUUGCCGAUAUGCCCGCUGAGUUCCUCAAGGAGGGUACUCUGUUCAUGAACCGCUGCACCAAGCCUGACAAGAGGGAGUUCAUCCGCAUCUCGCAAGCCGUCGGCAUCGGUUUCCUGAUCAUGGGCGUCAUUGGGUACAUCGUCAAGCUCGUCCACAUCCCUGUCAACAACAUUCUCGUCGGUGGCUCGUAAACGCUCAAUCGCACCUAUUUCGAUUUCGUACUUGCAUACCCCACGUUAGGGGCAUUCCAUCUAUUACACCACUUUAUCUGCGACGAUGUUGAACGGCGACUACUGGAGGCGACUGAGGUUGA